CUGACCCACUUCCAAUGUUACGCAUCAGUUAAAGAAACCCUAACUUUUAUUCUAAUUAACAACUUUUGAAUAGAAUAGACAAGUUUCUUGCUUGACUGUGGAUACAAUGGACGGCAGUUCAGUGCGAGCCGUGCCUUCAAGAACAAUCCAGUUUAAACCGCCGAAUGUUCAAGAAUUUUAGUUUAGUAAUACAUUAAGAUGCAGAGGUUGUUCAGUUCGGUUCUUGCACUGUGCCUCUUGUGCAACUGUUGCAUAUACUUCAAUCACGCGGCGCUGCUCUAUCCCACAAAUUCGUAUUCUGGUGUAACUUGUUAACUGGUGUUAGAGCCUUGCGUAUUUGUAUGGCUAACGACCUUCUAUUUUGCAGGUCUUUAUGGCUAUAUCUGUGCCAGUUAGUUUGCCGCAUCGCAAUGUUUUUCUAUCCUAUAAUUACGAGUUUAAUUACUAUAAACCUGAGCAUGUUUAUAAGUUUCCAUCAAUUUUGGUAUGAUUAAGCAAGUUUGUUUCCUAAGUCUUUUCGAUAUCUACAUGUAUACUACUUUGAUAAGUUUGUUUCAUAAGUCUUUUAUUAUAUUAUAUUUCAAUUCUCUGUCUAAAGAUGGGACAAGAUUUUGAGGAUGAUUAUUUGACAUAUCCCACACACGAUGCUCGAGAAGGUAGAUCGUGUGUGAAUUGUACAGUGAGUGCUAAUAGUACGCAAACAGAGAGCAUGAAAAUUCAAGCGGAGCAGCAGAAAACAUCAGAGACACCAGCAAAACAUCGAGUAAAACGCAGUUUGCCGAUUUUAUCGCGUAAAACCUUCUACGCUAUGAUCAGGGAUAAGUUAGAUAGAUCUGGUUAUCCCGCAGAGGCCUGUUUGCUGCGUUUGAUAUGCGAGACGAAUGCCUCAACGCUGGGCGAGAUCAAUGGACUAUUGGGCAACAUUGUGCAUGUUAUAUUUAGCCCCAGCAGCUCCAGGGAUGAGCAACUACCCAAUGCCUACUAUCAAGCCGAGUCCGAUGGACUGCAGCAGCGAUGUGCGAACUACGAUGACAACUGUCCACACAAUGUAUUGGAUCUAAUAUCGGUGCCCGUGGAGCGAGUAAUACAAGAUCUUGUACAUAGAAGAAGAAGAAAAUAAAACA